CCUUCAUUUCUAUCUUUCCGUUUACCUUCCGAUUAAUCUGCUUUGAGAUGCUUGGUAUCUCUGCAGGGUGCUUGAGGAGAAGAAAUGUUGUGGAGGACAAAGACUGAGGCUCUCCUCCGGGGGGUGACCUCUCGGGUCAACAGUGUCACCAAGGCCAGGAUGCCAUCACUGAUUCGAAGAGAGACGACUGUUGCAAAACCGACUGCUUCGCCGACCUAUUCCUCGCCUAUCCCUCCCUCCGAGCCGCGCCGUGAACCGCUCUCCCCUGCCGUACGACCGCUACCUGCGUCCCGGGUCUCCCAGCUGAAGAAGAAGAAGAAGGAGAAGGAUACGAGACCGUUCUCCGACUUCCUGACGGACACGUUCAACCGCCAGCAUGAUUACCUCCGGAUAAGUCUGACGGAGCGAUGCAACCUGCGAUGUUUAUACUGCAUGCCGGAGGAAGGGGUGCCGCUGUCCCCGCCGGAACAUCUGCUGACGACGCCCGAGAUCGUGUAUCUGUCGUCGCUGUUCGUGUCGCAGGGGGUGACCAAGAUCCGACUGACGGGCGGCGAGCCGACGGUGCGCCCGGAUAUUGUGCCGCUGAUGCAGGCGAUCGGUGAUCUACGCCGGAGCGGGCUGCGUGAGCUGUGUCUGACGACGAACGGCAUCUCGCUGCACCGCAAGCUGGACGCCAUGGCCGAGGCCGGGCUCACGGGUGUGAACCUGAGCCUCGACACGCUGGACCCGUUCCAGUUCCAGAUUAUGACGCGGCGGAAGGGGUUUGAGGCGGUGAUGAAGAGUGUCGAUCGAAUUCUGGAGAUGAACCGGCUGGGCGCCGGGAUCAAGCUGAAGAUCAACUGCGUGGUCAUGCGCGGGCUGAACGACCGCGAGAUCCUCUCGUUUGUAGAACUGGGACGGGAGAACCCCAUUGAGGUCCGCUUCAUCGAGUACAUGCCCUUUGACGGCAACAAGUGGAGCCAGGGGAAGAUGUUCUCCUACCGGGAGAUGUUGGACGUGAUCCGAGGCAAAUACCCGAACUUGGAGAAAGUGGCAGAUCACAGGAACGAUACCAGCAAGACGUACCGCGUCCCCGGGUUUGAAGGGCGGGUGGGAUUUAUCACCAGCAUGACGCACAACUUCUGCGGCACCUGCAACCGGCUGCGUAUCACGUCAGACGGUAAUCUGAAGGUCUGCCUAUUUGGAAAUGCCGAGGUCUCGCUGCGAGAUAUCAUCCGGCGGGAGAACAACAGCCAGCCGAUCGACAAGGAGGCGAUGCGACGGUUGAAAUUGCUGGAAUCAGUGGACGCUGCCACCACUCGGGGAGCCAGGGAACAAGAGCUUCUCGAUAUCAUCGGUAUGGCCGUCAAGAGGAAGAAGGCCAAGCAUGCCGGCAUGGGACAGCUGGAGAAUAUGAAGAACCGGCCCAUGAUCCUUAUCGACAAGAGAGCUAGUUUGACAGCCUUAGGACAGAAUAUAUGGUCAUCAACAUGCAUACCGACAUAUCUGCUUCCUUGGAACGCGUCUCUCGGAUACGGACAAGUCCGCUCGUAUCAUCACAAACGAAGCCCAUCCGAUUCAGACGAACGGGUCACAUCUCUCCCCACCGAUUCAGACACCGACCUACCCCAUUUAACCGCGGACCAAAAAGUGCAUAUGACGCUCAUCCACGAGAAACCUGUCACCGCGCGCCAAGCGACGGCAACGUGCACCGUGUGCUUCUCCAACGGGAAACCAUGGGAGCUGCUGAGGGGCGGGCAGGGCACGAAGAAAGGCGACGUGUUCAGCGUGGCUCGCAUUGCGGGCAUCAUGGCCGCCAAGAAGACGCCGGAUAUCAUCCCGCUGUGUCAUCCGGGGAUCGGCAUUACGGGCGUGGAAGUUGACGUGAAGCUGAUAGAUCCCGUCAGAUCUGACGAUAGUCCCAGGACAGGUGGCAGUGGCAGUAUCAGUGGCAGUACUGCUCAGCACGGAGGCAUGCACGUCAUCGCAACAGUGAGCUGUCUAGGCCGUACGGGAGUCGAGAUGGAAGCCAUGACGUCCACCAUGAGCGCGGCAUUGACUGUCUACGACAUGCUGAAGGCGGUUGACAAGGGGAUGGUGAUCAGCGAUGUCCAGCUGCUGGAGAAGAAGGGAGGCAAAAGUGGGCACUGGAGGAGAGGAGUGUAUGAUGCUUGAAGAAGAAGCUAAAGUUAGCAGUAUCAGUGCCUCAAUAAGUUAUCUUUACCAAUUAUUAUAUCCCAGUAGUAUCAACAUGGCAGUUCAUGCUUGAUGAUAAACUGGUAGCAUCGGGCUACUGACUUCUCAAGCCAAUGCCUCAGAAGGUCGCACCGAGA